AUGUCUACUACAACACCACCGCUGAGGAAAAGAGACAGACUGAAAAACAUCCUGCCUGGGAGGCCGAAGCCAGUGUCUCCUGGUCCCUUGGCGGCUACCGUGUCCUCAAGCUCAUCACAGGAUUGGCCGCAAUCUGCCUCGGUAGCCUCGACCUUCAACUCUACUGCACCUCUAAUCUCAUCGCCGUCCGCAUCCAUCUCGACCGCAACCCCAACACUCCAGCAAGCAACACUUGUCACUUCAACAGUGUCUUCCCCUACGAUAUCUAGUCUCUCGACCAAUCCUGCCUUCCUUGCAGCAAUACAGAAGCAUCUUGACAAAGUACCGCAAGUGGAGAGGCAAGCGUUCUAUCAAGCAAACAUCACCAUCUCGCCAGACAGUCUUCUAGAACGAAUCAGAUCACUGGAUACGCAACAUGCCUCGAACUCGUCAUUUCGUCCUUGUACAGACAGAAUCGCCAAGUGUUUAGGUCUUUUAGACCGAUUGCUUGGGGGAGUCGCCAUUGCGGUUCAGGCGAAUCCUGACAUCUCCUCUAUAGCCGUUGGCGGCGUGAAGCUGAUAGUCGACAUUGCUGUAGGGUUUGCCAAAUUCUUCGGCAAGCUUGCGGAUAUGCUUGAUCGUUUUAGUGAAAUCAUCGCUCCCCUCGAGCGGUAUUCUGAGCGCUUUGAACUGUUGAACGUCGGGCAUGCGCUCAUAGAUGUCUAUGGCGAUGUUCUAGACUUUUGCAAAGCAUCUAGCGCUUUGUUUCUGGACAGGGACGGCAGAUCUAAAUCACAUACUACCUUGCAGAUGUUCCUGCACUCACAAUGGGCACCUUUCGAGAUGGAGUUUGGUGAGAUAGCUGGCCGAAUGGACCGUCAUUGCGGCGUUCUCUUGCAUGCAGCACAAGCAGAGUUGUUGUACGCCGACAAGGGUAAGAACUUCUUCGUACCAGACUCUGACAAUAUCCUGAUGUGA